CUUCCUUGUCUCAUAUGAUUUUCCCUCUUAUCUAUUCUCCGUGAUCAGAAAUAAUUCAAAUGGCAACCAGUGGAUCAUCUGGCAAGCGUCAGGAAAACAGGUCAAAAGGAAAGGGGAAGACAACCACAAAUCUCAAGCCCAACUUCUGCAGUAACCAACAUGAAAAUCGAUCCGAAGACGGUACAAGAAAGCAUAUCACAUGCUAUUGCUGUGGGUAUCCAGGCCACUUUACGCAAGAGUGCCCUCGAUGGAAUGGUUCGCUCACUGCCCCGCUAGGGUUUUCAGAUGGCAGGCAAGAUGGUAGAAGAAUGCACAUCACAUGCAAUUGCUGUGGAUAUCCAGGUCACUUUACUCAAGAGUGCCCUCGAUGGAAUGGUCCACUCACUGCCCCGCUAGGGAGUUCAGACGGCAGGCAAGAAACUCAAUAUUCUCUUACACUAAACUCGUACCAACAAAAUAUAGAAAGUAGAUAUUGUCAGGACCAAAAGGAUGGGAUAAUCACCUGUCUGGUUUGUGGCGAGGAAGGACAUUACACUUGUGACUGCCCUAUGAAGAAUCAGGAGCGCAAAGUCAUUUGCACUCUCUGUAGCAAAAAAGGCCAUUGUUAUUUGUGGUGUUGCCAGCAGAACAAGUCUGAGAAUCUGGCUUGCACCCGCUGUGGAGAAAUAGGGCAUAGUGCUAGUACAAAUGGUCUCAGUUGUUCAAGUUGUGACGAACAUCAUCCGCAUGGAGAGUGUCGAAUGAGUGAGGUUACAUGCUUUAUUUGUGAUUCUCGGGAUCAUUAUCUUGCUCAGUGCCCCUUGAAUUCAGCAUUGACUGCAGUGUGUAAGGAUCAGAGAGAGAACUUACAAGCUGCUCUGCAACUUGCACUAUCAAAACAAGGCAACUCAUUAUCUACACCUGCCAAGCCAUCCGUAGAAUCACAAGUAUGCAAACCUAGUUUUGCUAAAAAAUCAGCAGGAAAAAAGCCAAAAUCACGGAAAUGUUACAGCUGCGGUGAGGGAGGCCACUUUGCCAAUGGUUGCAUCUCAAUAUCAAAAGUACCGACCCCCAGCAAGUCAAAUCCCGAAGUUAGAACAGGAAACACGACAACACGAGUGUUAAAAACGAUAUGCUUGAAAUGCAAUGAAGAAGGUCACCAUGGCAAUCAUUGUCCUCAGAAGUCCGGAGCUACAUCUACCAACCUGUCCAGAGAGUUAGAAGAGAGCAGCACAAUACCUACAUCUUCCAACUUGUGCAAAGAAUUAAAAGAACAGGACCCUCCCACUGCUGAACAUUCAUCAGAAAUGAAGCCGGUAUUGUCGGUUGGAUGUUUUAUCUGUAGUGAGGAAGGGCACCGGGCCUUUAGUUGUCCCUUAAGACAUCCAGCAUUGACCCCAGACAAGUCUAGUCCUUUGGUUACAGUAGACAACAUACCAGCACGAUUGUUGAUAUGCUACAGUUGCGGUGAAGAAGGCCACAAAUCCAAUCAAUGCUCUCAGAAGCGCCAGAAGCGCCAAAAGCGUUAAGACUUCCGCACUAGGAGCAGUUGGUAAAGCAUAACGUUGUACCCGUAAUGGGUACAUAUUUUGUUACAUUUUUAAUCAAGCUGAGAAGCAGCUGGAAAAAAGAGAGCUUGUCUCUCAGAUACAACCAAGGAAUCUCGGAAGAUACUCACCGACCUGAGCCAGACCUCCGCCUCUUGAUGUCCAGGCCGCAAAAUAGUUUGCUUCAUAGCACACAAUAGAACCUUUCAUAGACACAACUGUUAUCUAGUUGUGUGUUUUCUAUAUCUGUCAUUGAAUUAUAGAUAUUCAUAUUUGUACCGAAUUGAGUGAACUUCCAAUCAGUAACAUCCAGUCUGUAUAUGA